GAACUUAUUUUUCUAAGAACUUUCAUGGUCCUAAGCUCUGGCGCUGCCGAGAUGCCGACCUGGAGAAUGCUCAUAUUUGCCGAGCUGCCGAGCUGGACUGCCUUGCUUCUGCCGAGCUGGAGCACUGCUUUGAGCUUUGCCACUGCCGAGCUAGAUUGCUUUGCUUUGCCACUACCGAGCUGGACUACUUUGGUGUUGCCGAGCUGGACUGCUUUGAGCUUUGCCGCUGCCGAGCUGGGCUGUCAUGCUGCUGCCGAGCUGGAGCACUGCUUUGAGCUUUGCAACUGUGAGCUGGACUGCUUUGGUGCUGCAGAUCUGGGCUGUCAUGUUGCUGCCGAGCUGGAGCACUGCUUUGAGCUUUGCCACUGCGAGCUGGACUGCUUUGUCGAGCUGGAAACUGCUUCGUCGCUGCCAAGCUAGGGGACUACUUUGGCAUUGACGAGCUGGGCGGCUGCUUUGUCGCUGCCAUCAAGCUUGAGCUCGUCUUGUCUCAUCGUGGUCGCAACUUUCAUGGUCCCGUGCCCACCAUUUCUUUUUAUUUAUUAUCACUAUUUUUUUUUGUUUUUUUUUAUUUUUUUACCACUUUGAGUUGCCUUAAACUUGUGCUUUGCUGACACCCCUUUUUCUUUUUGAAUAUUCAUGGUUGAUAUUGCACCAUGCGUGCCUUUAUUUCAUUAGGUAAAACCUCGAUAGUUGUGUAAAGCUAAUCCCUUGUUUGUCUUCUUGUGAAAACUUCUCUUUUUGCAGGUGAAGCUUCUCUUUUUCAUAGAUGAAUAAAACCAUUUUUGUAAA